AUGAUGUUAAAAAACACCGAGGCCGAUCUGCGACCCGGCAAACAGCAGCAGCUAAUGUUGGGCGCGUUCGGCGGCCCGCAGAUGUUGGCCGACGCCCUGCACGCCGCCACGGCCGCCGACGACGAAGACGACGACGAUGAUUGCGGCGGCGGUGAUCGCAAGGGAGACAUGUACGCGGCGACCGCCAUGGCCAUGAAGGACUCACCGGUGGCCGCCGGUCUGCAGGAUGGCAACGGGUUUUGGAUGGCGGCCGUGUCCGCGGCCGGUCCGCAGAUGGACCACCACGCGGCCGACUAUCAGCCCGCCGCCGUGCCGGACUACAUGAUGCACCACGUGAUGGGAGGCGGUGGCGUCGGUAACGAGAACGUGUCACCGGUGGACCCGCAACACCAGCAGCAGCACCACCAAGUCGCUGCCGCCGCCGCAGCCGCCGCCGCCAUGUACCAGAUGCAGGCAGAUCAGCAGGUUGGCGGCGGCGGCGGCGGCGGUGGUGUGGUCGGCGCCGGUGGAGGCGGUGGACAGCAAGAGUAUCCUUGGAUGAAGGAGAAAAAGACCACCAGGAAGAACAACCAUCAAGGUAAGUUCGUGUAUAGAUUAUUGUGCGUAAGAUGA